AUGACCGAUACACAUGAGUUCAAAUAUGUAUACAACUACUCUAUAUUCAACCCAGCUUGCCAUACCAACGCUGCCGAUUCUGCGCGUGAAGCUACAACAUUUCUGGAAUGCUCCCUAAGGGAGCUACGGGACGUGUUGGAUGCAGAUAAGAUCCUCACAUCCGGAAGUGAAGAUGCAACAGCGAAGCUCAGCAAGAUCUUUUCAACAUUCGUUUGUCUAAUCUUCCCCCCUCACAGCCCCUUUGUAAUCUACGAUGAAGAGCAGGAGGGGUCUAGACUGCGCAUACUUACGCACGAGCUUGCGAGGACACUGCUUAAUGUUAUAUACAAAUUAAGGGAUUCUUCCGUCGCUUCAUCACUCGGGCUUUGCGACUCUAGGUUCAUGGUGGAUGUUCUUAAUCUUUAUUGGCGCAACAAUGAAGAUAUUGCUUGUGAUAUAGCUUCUUCGUGCAAGCUGGUUAAUCCCAGCUUUAAACAUGAUCUGGCAGAGUUGGUUAAGUCAUUGCUGGAGCGUUUACAGAAAGAAUGCGACCAUUUAAACUUCAUUUUAUCUAGUGUAAAACAGGGGAUGAAGUUCGAGUCUUCUCGAAGCGUAGAGAGCGACGGCAUGUUUCUAGUCCGCAGUGAAGCAUCUCCGUUCAAUCGGAAUGUGUUGUUUGUUGACAAGUACACACUUAUUUCGGACAUUUUGUCAUAUUUAGAGACGGUUUUACACUUUGUAGAUAAGGAGGAGUACGAUUACGUGCUGUCUACCAGCGUUGCCACAGCCGAAGAGGACUCUUGCCUAUUGACGGCCCUCACCAAUUCGUAUUAUUUGUUCUCUGCCAUUUACGAUCACAUGCUAUCGCAACGGACUCCAUUUUACAAGCAGGAGUCCAUCCCCGACGGCUAUGCGACUCAGUUUCAGACGUGCCUUUUCUACCGCUGCAAGGUGCAGGCGCUACGUUGCAUCCUCGAAGCCGUCAAAUACAACGUUGUGGUUCGUCCUUUGGAGUCCGCCGAUUACUGUUACCACUGGUUGUUAGUGUUUACACAGAUUGGUGGAGAUGAAUACAACUUCGAUCGCAAAACGAUUAUGGAUGACCUGCGUGAUAUACAUUUUCACGAUUACGUCGAUGAAUGGAAUUCCAUCAGCGGAACUUGGCUCCCUGCUGAACUAAAUCAACUGAAAUCAAUGGUUCCCCUUGAUUCCACCGAAACACCGGACGAGAAUGCGGAAGUUAUUGAGUUUGUUGUGAUGUCUUUUGUACACAACUUCGCAGCCAAAUCAGGGAGGCCAGGUGCGUUGAUACUUGUGGCAUUAUUAGCGUUGCCAGUGACGGAAGUACCCAGCCGCCCGGUGAAUCAUCCCCCGAAGAAGCCCGUUGUGAACGCAAACAUGUCGACGUAUUUUGUGCCCAAGGAAACAAGACAAGCGGUUCUGAACUAUUGGGACUUUGUGAACCGUCCGGCAGUUUAUGACGAUGAUUACGACGACGAACCGGAUUUUGAGGAUCUCAUUCCAAUAAAAGCCAAGGUCAUAUACGACGAAAUUAUAGACUCGUCCGACGAUUCUUCUGAAAGUGCAGAGUCCGACCAAGAGCCCAGUAACAUGAGCGAGAAUACAUCUGGGAACAAUACCGCCCCGGCGUCCGAGCCUAAAAGUAGGCAGCCCGGAAACAGGUCUCGCGAUGCUGCGCCUCAUCGUGGCAGGGGUUCUAGAGGGGGCAAUCGGCGUCAAAUUUUCAAUCGGAAGCGCAAUACAAUAAAUCUGGAUGCGUUUGGAUAA